UCUUCCACUCGUCAUCGUGAAUUCCCCAACGACUAAAGGCUAAAGCAGAGAGCAGAGCACCAAGAAAACGCAUUCUUUUUUAACUUCCAUCUCGUACUUCCAAAGCGCCCUUCCUCCGCUAAAAAAAAAAAUAUAGAAGACCUCGUGAGAUGGAUCGAUGAUCCCGCGAAUCCCGAUUCCAGAUUAUUGAGUUUCUGGAAAGAAAAGAGAGCGGUUUAAGAGGUUGUUGCAUCUGACUUCUCCCAAGAUGCAAUCUUUGAGGUCCAGAUCUGCGUCCUCUGGAAUGGCGCAAAAGAACUCCCCUUCUAGCCCCAAUUCCAAGACUUCUCCAUCCAAAUCAAGCAACGGAGGGCCUGCUUCAUUGGAUUCCUCGGUCUCGAAGUCGUCCAAGGUUUUAGAUCGAAAGCCGUCGACCAAGGCCGCAUCUUUGCCGGAGAAACGAAACGUUAAAGUUUCAGAGAUGCCGCAGCAACUGAGUCGGCUGCAGGAGGAACUGAAGAAGGAGAAGGAGGAGAAGUCCCGGGCAGUCCAAGCGCUUGCUGAAAUGAAGAAGAGGAUGCCAUCUCAAAUGAAUGGAGAUGAGAGUAGAGUGGAGAUGUUAGAGAAAGAAGUGGAGAAAGCGAAGGCUUCAGAAAGGAAGAUGCUCGAAUCACUUGUGUCCCAAACAAAGCAGCUUGAACAGACGAAGAUAUCGCUUGAGGAAGCCAAGCUUGAGAUAAGGUCCCUUCAAGAGAGCAUCAAAAGCUUGGAGGGUUCUGCGGUCUCGGCUCGCCGAAGUAGUAGGCAUUUAGGGAAGCAUCUGGAGAAGAAUGGUCCAUCGGAUGUCGUUCGUGCCGAAGAGGAGAUUGGGAAGCUCAGGAAUGAGCUUAAGUUAGCCAUGGAAGCAGAAGAGAAGAGCAAGAGGGCCAUGGAUGAUUUAGCUAUUGCCCUAAAAGAAGUAACUUUGGAGGCUAAUCAGGUGAAGGAGAGGUUCUCAAAAACCAAGUCGGAGUUAGAGGAUGUGAGAGCAGAAGCUGAACGCUUGAAACCUUUGUUGGAGAGUAUGGAAGAGAAGUAUCGACUGGCAUCAGAAGAAUCUGAAAGGUUGAAGCUGGAAUUGGAGGAGUCAACUGCUGCUUGGAAUGUGAAAGAGAAUGGGUUUGUCGGUUGCAUGAAGAUGUCUGAAGAGGAGAUUACUAAACUGCAGCAGGAAAACAGUAAAUUAAGUGAUUCACAGAGAGUUGUGAGAGAAGAAAAUUUUAAGUUGAGGGAUAUACUAAAACAAUCAGUUAGUGAAGCUACUGUUGUCAAAGAAGCACUAGAGAUUGCCAGGAAUGAGAAUUCCCAGCUUAAGGACCUCUUGUUGGAGAAGGAAACUGCCUUUCAGAGCAUAAGGCAAGAAUAUGAAUGCCUUAAGGUUAGCGAAGCUGCAGCCCUAGAUAGUGUUAAGGUACUGAAGGCUUUGCUUGCUGCAACAUCAACUCUGGACUCGAGCAAAACUAUCACUUUGCCUGAGACUGGAUCAUUCGCACAGCUGAAGGAAUCCAUUAAUGAUAGUAAAAGCAUGAAAGGAAUUUUCAGAUUUCCAUCUGGUAGAUGGAAGGGUGAGAGUUCACGAUUUCAAAAUAGUCGUAGGCAUUCAAUUGGAGAGCCAGCAAAGUUCAAGGGAUCUGUAUUUCAUAUGGCAGGGUCACCAGAGCAGAAGGAUCGGAUGUUCGCAUCACUUAGCAAUGUUUCUGACAUGAGGGUUGCUUCCUCAAUUGUCAUGGAUGAUACACUUAACUCUGAUGAUUCUGAUCAUCUAGAUGGGAUUCAAUUAGAUGGCAUGGAGCAUCCCUCUGUGAAGCAGAAAAAGAAAAAGGCUAUUCUUAGAAGAUUUGGAGACCUGCUGAGGAUAAAGACCUCCCACAAGUAGAAUUUAUUUUUUCUUGGUAUUCUCAUAAAUUUAUCCUCUUUGGAUCUUGUUUCUGUGGGUCCUUUGUUUUAAUUAAGUUUUGAAAAUAAGACAAAAGUAUAGCCAGCAGUUAGUUCUUCAGUGUUGCAAGAAACCACGGCUGUAGUAUACAUGGUUUGAACAGAAUCAGCAAAGAGAUCUUUUUUGAUAUGCAGUGUGAAUUUAUUAUCUUUGUGUCAUGUUGAUUGUACAUGAUCCAUAGUCAAUAAUCAUCAGUCUAAAUGUUAUGCAAGACACACAGCAUUAUAUUUUUCUAA